UAGAUGCAUACUUUUUUCUUUCUUUUUUUCCUAUAUCACCUGUUAUCUCCAUUGCAGAGUCACCAAGUAUGAUAUCAUGAACCGUACCUAUGGUGAAAAGUGCCCAACUAAUUUGCCCGUAAUAUUAGUCCAUCAUGUACACGAUCCCUAAAUCGAUAUUUACAACUUGCCCUGAAGCUAAAGCAUGAUAUCUUUAUUUUCUUUCCUAAUUCAUCUUCAUAUAAAAGUAAGUGUGUAAUCUCAACAAAUGUCAAAUUGCAAUAUUGCUUUUUUGGAAGUGCUUUGAUGUGACCUUCUUAACUGUCCUGGAUAUUAGUGACAUCGUAACGAAUAAUGAGGAGGCUGAUUCAGACUAUGAUUCUGAGUUAAUAUCAAGUGGAAUUUUCCGUCGCAAAAUUCAUGUAUUCCUUUAAAUUAUUGUCCGUUCCAUACUUUUGCGAAAAUUCCACUUGAUAACAACUCAGAAUCAUGAUAUGAAUUAUGCCUCAAAGUUUUCGUCACGAUGUCACUAACACCCUGCAAAGAGAACAACCAACAACAAACCAACAACCUCAAAAUAAUGUGUGAUCGUUGGUUUAAACAUUCCGCUAUAAUCGCCUAGGCUUUUCUCUUCUGACUUUACACCCGCAACAUAAAAUAUUUUUCGUAAGUGUACUGUCAUUCAUUCUCUAAAGUAUACACAUCUACCUACCCGUAAAGGGAGAUGGGCGUGAUGCUAUGUCAUGUUAUGCAUGUAAUCAUUAUUGGAAACAGUUUUCAUUGUGAUGCCUCGGUAAAAUCACAAGUGUAAUUACCCAACCUACGACUGACCUCCAAAGUUAAUCCAACGAUAUGCAUUCGAAAAAUAGACGACAAACAAACUAUGAUCUUUAUUUCCAUACAUAUUUGUGACAAUAUUAAUAAAGUUGAACUUCUGAAACGCAAUAAUAUAGUUGUUAAUGUGAUAACGGAUGAAAACAUAGAAGUUCAGUGUGAUAAAACAAGUUACAUACAUAAGACGUAUUAAAUAAAAAAGAAAAAUGUGUAGUGUAUAUAAAAUUUGUAAUUUCGUACUACUGGUGUUUUUACUGAGUGUCGAGUCAAAAUUACAAUUAAUUUUCACCGAUCGACCAUUACAACGAAUUGGAGCAAGGAUAUACAAGAAAGAACUGUUGACAAACAAAUUCGAUGAUCCAAAAGAGUUAGCAUACGACUCUGCAACUAGAAACCUCUAUUUCAUGUACAUGGACGAUGAGAUACAGAAUUCUGGAAGGGCUUACGUAAAUGUUAUAACAAAACAAGCAAUGAAAAUCAAAGGGAUUGAGAAAAACAAAGCGACAGCAGUUGAUAACGAAAAUGGUGACGUGUACUUUGGAUCCGAAAAUGGUCUUUAUAAGUACGAUCCUAUAGAUAACGUCGCAAGGAACAUUGGUCUUUACAACAUUAACAUUUUAAAACUAGUUAUAAAAUACAAUGAAAUGUACUUAAUAGAUGCAAAUACACACAUGCUGUAUAAAGUCUAUGACAAUUUUAGAACUGUUGCUAAAGUGGAUAACAUGAAAACUGUAAUAGAAUUUGAAGUUGACAAUCAGAGUAAUAUACAUUAUGUCGCUAUGUGUGGUCUCUAUUGCAUCACAAAAGACCAUGAAAUUGUGAAAAAUAAGGACUUGAAUUUGGUAUAUCACUUCCUUAUUGAUGAAGAAAGAACUCUCGGGGUUAAAGAGGAUGGUAUUUAUAAUAUAGAUUGUAAGAACGGAACGGCGGAGAAGCUUGCAGAUAUGGAUUUCUUCCCUCGAAGUAUAAUAUAUGGAGACUAUGGAGAUAUAUAUUAUUCGACAGAUAAUGAUAUAUUUAGGUUAAGGCCAGUAAGUUCUUAUCUUAUUUAUAAUAUUUACGGGAAACGACGCAGUGAGACAGAUGUUUAGGGAAGUAAAUAACUUGUUUACUUAUUUA